AUGAGGGAGGAUGGGCAGCAGGAGUUGAGAAGCACGUCCUUCCAGGGCAAGGAGCAGGCGGCCGGGCCGUCGCCCGCUACGCCGCACCUGCUGCACCACCAUCACCAUCACGCGCCCCUCGCCCACUUUGCCGGCGACCUGGUUCCCGCCAGCCUGCCCUGCGAGGAGCUGGCUGAGCCCGGCCUCGUGCCCGCAGCCGCCGCGCGCUACGCGCUGAGAGAGAUCGAAAUCCCGCUGGGGGAGCUGUUCGCCCGCAAGUCCGUGGCCUCCUCGGCUUGCUCGACGCCGCCGCCCGGGCCGGGACCCGGGCCCGCCUCCGCCUCCCCCGCGUCCCCCUCACCCGCUGAUGUGGCUUACGAGGAGGGCCUGGCGCGCCUCAAGAUCCGUGCGCUGGAGAAGCUGGAGGUCGACCGGCGGCUGGAGCGGCUGAGCGAAGAGGUGGAGCAGAAGAUCGCAGGCCAGGUGGGUCGGCUGCAAGCCGAGCUGGAACGCAAGGCGGCAGAGCUGGAGACGGCGCGACAGGAGAGUGCGCGGCUGGGGCGCGAGAAGGAGGAGCUGGAGGAGCGUGCUUCCGAGCUCUCGCGCCAGGUGGACGUGAGUGUGGAGCUGCUCGCCUCACUCAAGCAGGACCUGGUGCACAAGGAACAGGAGCUGAGCCGCAAGCAGCAGGAGGUGGUACAGAUCGACCAGUUCCUGAAGGAGACGGCGGCGCGGGAGGCCAGUGCCAAGCUGCGGCUGCAGCAGUUCAUCGAGGAGCUGCUCGAGCGGGCUGACCGGGCCGAGAGGCAGCUGCAGGUCAUCAGCAGCAGCUGUGGCAGCACGCCCAGCGCCAGCCUGGGCCGUGGAGCGGGGGGAAGCGGUGCCGGGCCCGGACCCCGGGGUCCAGGCAGAAUGCGAGAACACCACGCGGGCCCGGCCAUGCCUAGUACAUACGCCGUGUCAAGGCAUGGCUCCUCUCCCAGCACAGGGGCCUCCAGCCGUGUCCCUGCUGCAUCCCAGAGCUCAGGCUGCUAUGACAGUGACAGUCUGGAGCUACCCCGGCCAGAAGAGGGGGCCCCCGAGGACAGUGGCCCUGGGGGCUUGAGCACACGGGCCCAGGCUGCCAACGGCGGCUCGGAGCGUACCCAGCCCCCUCGCAGCUCAGGCCUGCGGCGCCAGGCCAUCCAGAACUGGCAGCGCAGACCCCGCCGACACAGCACGGAGGGGGAGGAGGGUGAUGUCUCGGACGUGGGCUCCCGAACCACGGAGUCAGAGGCUGAGGGCCCCUCAGAUGCCCCCCGCUCUGGGCCUGCUAUGGCCGGGCCACUGAGCAGCUGCCGGCUCUCAGGUGAGUCCUGGGGAGGGUAGGCCAGAGAGGCCAGUCUUUCCUUGGUGCUGGGCCCUCUCAGGGGACACAGGGCUGAGGCGGUAAAUCCCUUGGGCUCCCACACCUGUUUUCCCCCCUGUCCCAGACUCCCCACAGUGAGAAUGACAAACUGUCCUACAAGUGCCCUGUGAGCUUGGGCAAGGAACUCACGUGACAGAGCAGGGCUGCAGCACAGGGGCGCUCAGGUUGGGUAUUGCACAAGGAUGCCACAUCUCAGGGGUCCAUUCACGUGGUGGGCUCACCCAGAAUUCCAUUGGGGGUUGCUUCCCAGAGGGGGAGGUGGCCACAGGCAGUGCCCUGACCUCUUGGCCAUCCCCAGAGGCUGCCUGGAAGCAGGGCUGGAGUCCCUGUUGAAGGCCGCUGGGGGGAACCUGCUGAUCCUGCGCAUCUCCCACUGUCCCAACAUCCUCACUGACCGCUCACUCUGGCUGGCCAGCUGCUACUGCCGUGCCCUGCAGGCCGUCACCUACAGGAGUGCCACAGACCCCGUGGGCCACGAGGUCAUUUGGGCUCUGGGUGCAGGCUGCAGAGAGAUUGUCUCCCUCCAGGUGGCGCCACUUCACCCUUGCCAGCAGCCCACGCGCUUCAGUAACCGCUGCCUGCAGAUGAUCGGCCGCUGUUGGCCCCACCUUCGGGCCCUGGGGGUUGGGGGUGCUGGCUGUGGGGUGCAGGGCCUGGCAUCACUCGCAAGAAACUGCAUGCGGCUGCAGGUCCUGGAGCUGGACCAUGUGUCGGAGAUCACCCAGGAGGUGGCAGCUGAGGUCUGCCGGGAAGGCCUGAAGGGACUGGAGAUGUUGGUGCUCACGGCCACCCCCGUCACCCCCAAGGCCCUGCUGCAUUUCAACAGCAUUUGCCGGAACCUCAAGUCCAUCGUGGUCCAGAUUGGGAUUGCUGAUUAUUUCAAAGAGCCCAGCAGUCCUGAGGCCCAGAAGCUGUUUGAGGACAUGGUGACAAAACUCCAGGCCCUACGACGGAGGCCCGGCUUCUCUAAGAUCCUGCACAUCAAGGUGGACGGCGGCUGCUAA